AUGUAUACGGGCAGGAAGACGCCUCAACGCGCCGUCGUCUGGCUCGCUGAGACGCCCGCGGCCCUGCUGCAGGGUUAUGCCUGGAAGACGACGCUGCUCGAGGCUGCCCAUCGCCCGCUGAUGCUUGUUGUUGUUGUUGUUGUUGUUGUUGUAUCUGCUGCUUGUUGCUUGUUGCUGCCGGCUGUUCGUUCGUGGAUGCCGCCGACUGCCUGCAUGGUCACUCACUCGCCAGUAGAAGCGACGGCGACGAGGAGGAGGCCUUCCUGCAGGCCAUCCAAGUACGGAGUAGCCAGUCGACCUGCAUCUAUCUCUCUCUAUCUCUAUGUCUCUCUCUCUCUCGUAUCACUCCUGUCGACUGCUGUUGUUAUCUCUUAUGUCGUCUGUCGUCUGGUGCUCGGUCCCUUUUUUUUUCCUUUUUUUUUUUCCUUUUUUUUACUUCUCUCUCUCUCUUCUUUUUUGCUUUUCUUUGCUUUCCUUUUUUUCCCUUUUUUUUUAAUUCCCUUUUUUUUUUUUUAUUUCUCUUUCUUCCUUUUCUUCUUCUUCGUCUUUUCUGAUAGCAAAAAAAGGGCGAGCGUCAACGUCGUCGAGUCGAGUCGAGAGCAGCAACGAAGAAUCCAGCGUCUCGAGCAGCGCCCAUCUCUUCUCUUCUCUUCUCUUCUUCUACUACUUCUACUACUUAUCAUCUUCGUCUUCUACUUCUUCUUCAUCUUCUUCAUCUUCUACUUCAUCUUCAAGCUGUCCUUUUGCUUUUUCCUCCUCGCCGUCGCUGCUCAACUGCUGCAACCACCGACUCGAACUCUUGCUGCGAUCUCUCGUUUCUUCUUUCUUUUUGGCCCUUCUUCUGACUUGACGUCCUUCUAUAUCUCUUCUCUUCGUCUCUUCUCUUUUUCUUCGGCCUGUCGAGAAUCCGUCUGGAAAAGAGGGAGUCUCCAGCGUUGUCGUUGUCGCCGUCGCCGUCGUCUGCUCAGAAGCCCCCCUUACGCUGCUGCGUCGUCGUCUUUCUUCUUCCUCUUCUUCCCCUUCUUCCUCUUCUUCUUCUCCGGUUGCUACGACUACUCUCAACACAUCAUGGCCUCACGAUAUCUCCGAGAAUACAAGCUGGUCGUCGUCGGCGGCGGUGGUGUCGGCAAAUCCUGUCUGACCAUCCAAUUGAUCCAGAGCCAUUUCGUCGACGAAUAUGACCCUACAAUUGAAGGUGCCUUUCCCUUCCUCUCUUCUUAUUCUCCAUCGUCUCUGUCUUCGUCUCUGUCUGCGUCUUCUUCGUCUUCUUCGUCUUCUUCCCUUUGUCUCCAAUGUGUCAUCGACGACGAGGUCGCCCUGCUAGACGUGCUCGAUACCGCCGGCCAGGAAGAGUACUCGGCCAUGAGAGAACAGUACAUGCGAACCGGCGAGGGCUUCCUGCUCGUCUACUCCAUCACCUCCCGCCAGUCGUUUGAGGAAAUCAUCACCUUCCAGCAGCAGAUACUCCGAGUCAAGGACAAGGACUACUUCCCCAUCAUCCUCGUAGGCAACAAGUGCGACUUGGAAAAGGAGCGAGAAGUCUCACAAGAGGAUGGCGAAAAACUAGCACGCAGCUUUGGAUGCAAGUUCAUCGAGACAUCAGCCAAGUCACGCAUCAACGUCGACAACGCCUUUUACGAUAUCGUUCGAGAAAUCCGCCGAUACAACAAAGAAAUGUCAUCCUACUCAUCUGGCGGCGGUGGAUUCGGAUCCCGAGGCCCAGAGGGCAAGAUGGACGUCGACGACCAUGGCGACCAGGCCGGCUGCUGCGCCAAGUGCAUUAUCAUGUAA